CAACUUAGUCCGGUGAAAGUGUUCUCAGUCCAUCGUGUACCGGAGGAUUGGCCACAAAAGAAUCCAUUUACACAUGCGCACAUACUGAAAAGGACGCACUAUAAAUAUAUAACUUGCCAGUCUCCACUUCUUGGCUAGUGCUUGAACCUUCAGCAUGGCUUCCAAAACUUUUUGGCUGUGUUGUUUAUUACUUCUUGGGAUAGCGUUUGCCCAGGAUGAUGACGGAGGAGAAGAAGCCACAGCCGAAGAGCUCUGCGACAACAGGCCAGCCGACGAGUACUUCAGACUGUCGACGGAAGGUGACUGUAGAGAUGUAGUCAGGUGCGACAAAAACAGUGACAACAACGGCGCCACAAGAUUGGCGUCUGUUCGAUGUCCAGUAGGUUUAGCUUUUGACAUUGAACGCCAAACUUGCGACUGGAAAACGAAAGUCAGCAACUGUGAUGUUAUAGAGAAACCACGCAAGGCGUUACCUAACUUCAAAACCGACGAACCGAUUUGUCCCGACGGAAAAUUGUCUUGUGGUAAUGGUGAAUGUAUCGACAAAGAAUUAUUCUGCAACGGUAAACCGGACUGCAAGGACGAAUCUGACGAAAAUUCUUGCACUGUUGAAACUGAUCCAAAUCGAGCACCUGAUUGCGACCAAACCCAAUGCGUUUUGCCAGACUGCUUCUGUUCCGCUGACGGCACCAGAAUUCCUGGACAACUGGAACCAGCCAACGUACCUCAGAUGAUCACCCUGACCUUUAACGGUGCCGUCAAUAUUGACAACAUCGAUUUAUACGAGGAAAUCUUCAGCGGUACCCGCAACAAUCCCAACGGCUGUCAAAUCAGGGGCACUUUCUUCGUUUCUCACAAAUACACGAACUACUCCGCCGUCCAAGAUUUGCAUAGACGUGGUCACGAAAUUGCCGUUUUCUCUCUAACCCACAAGGAAGACCCCAACUACUGGAGCCAAGGUUCCUACGACGACUGGUUAGCCGAAAUGGCUGGAGCUCGUUUGAUCGUCGAACGUUUCGCUAACAUCACCGAUGGUUCCAUUAUCGGAGUUCGUGCUCCGUACUUGAGAGUCGGAGGCAACAAACAAUUCGAAAUGAUGGCCGAUCAGUUCUUCGUCUAUGACGCUUCCAUUACUGCUUCUUUAGGUCGUGUCCCCAUCUGGCCUUACACUUUGUACUUCAGAAUGCCCCACAAAUGCAACGGUAACGCCCAUAACUGCCCCAGUCGUAGCCACCCAGUAUGGGAAAUGGUCAUGAACGAGUUGGACAGACGUGACGAUCCCACUUUCGACGAAUCUUUGCCAGGUUGUCAUAUGGUCGACUCUUGCUCGAAUAUUCAAACCGGAGACCAAUUUGCCCGUCUUCUCAGACACAACUUCAACCGCCACUUGAACAGCAACCGUGCUCCAUUGGGUCUUCACUUCCAUGCUUCCUGGUUGAAGAGCAAGAAAGAAUUUAAAGAAGAACUCAUUAAGUUCAUCGAAGAGAUGUUGUUGCGUAAUGAUGUUUACUUCGUAACUAAUCUCCAAGUCAUCCAGUGGAUGCAGAAUCCUACAGAAUUGAACGGUUUACGUGAUUUCCAAGAAUGGAAAGAGAAGUGCGACAUUAAGGGACAACCUUAUUGCUCGUUGCCUAAUUCAUGUGCUCUCAAUACUAGGGAGCUUCCCGGAGAAACGUUACGUCUCUUUACUUGCAUGGAAUGUCCUAAUAACUACCCCUGGAUCCUCGAUCCCACAGGGGAUGGUUUCUCAGUUAGGAAAUAAUUUAUUUUAUUAUUAAAUUUUAAGAUUGAGUUUCUUUAACUUAAAAGACUUUGUAUAUAGCUAUAAUCAGUUUCCUAUUACAUCUUUUUAAAUAUGACUUGAAUAGGUUUUAAAUUUAAACAAAUAGUUAAUUAAUAACUUGCCACAAGUUACUGUUUUAUAUUAUACAAUGUCAGUUGUGUUGUGAAGUGAAAUUUUUGUUACAAAAUAAAAAUAAAUAAAAUUAAUUUUA